AUGUAUGGCAGUAGCUCAUCAAUUGCUCCCUCCAUUUCAUCAUAUGCUGGACGACCGCAGGAUGCUGCCAAGUCUAUGCUUCCUCUGCUUGGCAAGGCCAAGAGCGUUGUCCCGGGGUCGCUUAUGAAAACGACUCCCCUUAAACUGGGGCCGACGGCUGGUCUCAGACUCAUCGGAGAUGAGGAAGCAGAGGAGAUUCUUCAAGCGGUCAGGGAUGUCGUCCACACCGAGAGCAGGUUUCAGUACAAUCCAAAGUGGAUCAACGUUCUUGAGGGAUCUCAAGAAGGAUCUUACAUAUGGGUUGCUCUGAACUAUCUGCUGGAUAGAUUAGGAGGGGAUUACUCGAAGACGAUAGGCGUGAUUGAUCUUGGAGGUGGGUCGGUGCAAAUGGCGUAUGCGGUCUCCAGUGAUGCUGCGGCGAAUGCUCCUGCUGUUCCCGACGGCAAAGACCCCUACAUCACAAAGGAAUACCUCAAGGGAAGAGACUACAACGUUUAUGUGCACAGUGCAUACUUGUACUACGGCGGUUUGGCCGCUCGUGUGGAGAUCUUGAAGGCGAAGAAGCGGCCAUUUAGCUCCUGCAUACUCCGUGGAUUCAGUGGUAAAUACACCUACAAUGGCGAGGACUACGACGCAUCAGCCUCGCCGGAAGGCGCGGCGUACGACAAGUGCAAGGAGGAGAUCGACAGGGCGCUGAAGCUGGACGCGCCCUGCGCGGCCAAGAAUUGCACCUUCGGCGGCGUGUGGAACGGCGGUGGCGGGGCCGGCCAGGACACCGUCUACGUCGCGUCCUUCUUCUACGGCAAGGCCACCCAGAUCGGGUGGGUCGACAUGGGCGCGCCCAGCGCCAAGUCCAGCCCGGCGGCGUUCCGGGCCGCCGCCGAGAAGCUGUGCCCGCUCAGCGUCCGGGAAGCGAAGGCCACGUACCCCGGCCUCCUCGACGUGCCCUACGCCUGCAUGGACCUCGUCUACGAGUACACCCUGCUCGUCGAUGGUUUUGGACUGGCGCCGGCCAAGGAGAUCACGCUGGUGGAGAAGGUGAAGCACGGGGAGUACUUGAUCAAGGCGACGUGGCCGCUGGGUGAAGCCAUCGACGCCGUCGCGCCCAAGAAACGAGUUGCGCGAUUGCUACUCUAAU